AAUGCCUAACCGCCAAUACUGGGAGAGUUGUGACAAUUUGCUAUGAGCCAUGGCCCCAAAGAAACCUGCAGCGCCGGAAAAGCCAGAGGAGCCACCAAAACCACCUCCCGGGAAGCUCAAAUGGACAUUCUAUUCCACCUUUGGAACUAUCUGCAUUAUCAGCUUCUUCACUAUGCUCGUUCUCUAUAUCAAGUUGAUCACAGAUUCCGAAAACCCACUUCUAAUACCGAUGAAAAAACUGAGGGUCAAUAUGGCAGACGGGCUCAGGAAUCCGAAGAUCGCUCACACGUCUCCCAUAGCUUUAGCAGAAGAAGUGGCAAAGUUGCCAGCAAAAAUAGAACAAUCGGAAAAGACCUUCCAAGCACGGAAAGGAAAGUACAAAGACCUCUUCAAGAAAGGUAAACCGAAGACUGCUGGUGGCUGGGAUUUUUUUGGGAAGAGUUUCUACUACAUUUCUAAUGAGGAAAAGACCUGGCAUGACGCCGAGAGCUUCUGCCUGACUAGAGACUCCCACUUGGCCUCCAUUCUAAGUGACGAAGAGCAGAACUACCUCACCUCUCAGCUCAGUGAUCCUACCUGGAUUGGCCUUACAGAUGAAAAUGAGGAAGGCAACUGGAAAUGGACAGAUGGAUCCAGAACUAAAGCACAAUAUUGGUCUCUCGGCAACCCCAGCUACUCAGAGCAUGAAGGAGCGCUGGAGAAAGACUGCACAUCCAUCGUGCCGUCAUCUGGCGGAUAUAACUGGAAUGACGACUACUGCCACAAACUACAUAAAUGGGUGUGUAAGGAGAACAUAGACAUUGAAGAACCAUAAAGUUGGGGAAAACUGGGCCAAUACCUUACUGAAGGCAGAAUGGUUUUCAUUCCAUUGUUCAACUCCAGGAGAAGUCUGCUUAGCCACAGAACGAACAGAAACAUCCAAUUCCACCCAAGCCUUGUUCUUUGUGCUCCGUGAAACAAAGAGAGUUUGAGAGGUUGUUUGCUAUUAUCAGUUGGUUAGAGAGAUUUGUGUCCCAGGUGAUGGGUGCCUAGGAAGAGUUGCCAUUUUCCUUCAGGGCAGGGUUGAUAACGGCUGCUGUCUUAUCAAGGCAGAUCCUUGGGAUGGGAAUAGCUGCCCUUGGCAGAGCUCUUAAAGGAAGGAAACUCAUGUCCUGAAUUAAAGAUGGCAGCUCUGUUGUGGUUAGCAAACAGGCCUUUUCAUUUCUUUCAUCGCGCCUGCCAGUUAUCUCUUCCAAGAGAGGGGAGGACGUGAAAUAGCCAAAUUACAGCCUUCUGACAACUGCAGGAUAGCCUGCACCCACAACCCAUUCACCGUACCUCCUGCCACUGGCAUCAAUGGGUUUAGAAAGGAAAGUACAUGUGGGAGAGUCUGUUCUGAUUGUGACUUCUCUAAUGCAUGCAUUAAAAGGAAGAAAGAAAAAAGAUUUAAGACUCUCAAAAAAUGCCCCAGUUAAUAAAACAGCAGAUAGCAGGCUUGUCUUAAGAAUGGUGUUCCUUUUUUUUAAACCAUUGCAUGCAGGUUGGCACGCCUAUUUUAAGAUAGGCUUGCUGUGACACACAUGUGUACCAUAUUUUUUGCUCUAUAGGAUGCACUUUCCCCCCUCCAAAAAUUAAGGGGAAAUGUGUGUGCAUCCUA